CUGUACGGAGUGGACGGUUCCUCAGGUGACCCCCCUGUGGCCUUGUGGGUACAGUUUACAAAAGAUGGCGGCUGUGGAGUUUUCGCACGUGAGUUGUCCAGGUGCCGUCUGCUCCUGUUUUCUCCUGGCCGUGGCGUACGUCGGCAGCCUGUACGCCUGGAAGAGCGACCUGCCCAGGGACCACCCUGCCACAGUCAAGAGGAGGUUUGUUGGAGUGCUGUUGGUCACGUUGUUAGCACCGCUCUAUCUGUGGCUCAUCAGCAAGGACUCUGCUGACCCUCAGGGACCCCACCUUCUGCAGUGGCUGGGCUUGCAAACAGAAGGCUUUCUCUUGGCCUCCACUUUACCUUUACUCCUCACAAUGUUGCUGUUCCUUGGGCCCAUUGCUAUGUGCCUGACUGAUGGGACCUGUUACUCUCCUAUCACAAGGGGAAUGAUGUACAUAAAGUACCGCUACAGGGACGUGCUGUGGUUGAGAAACUUCAUCGUGGUUUGUGCGGCUCCCUUCACAGAGGAGUUUGUGUUCCGUGCCUGCAUGCUGCCUCUGCUCAUCCCCUGCCUGGGACCCGGGCUGGCCGUGGUCGUCUGUCCACUCUUCUUCGGUGUUGCACACAUUCACCAUGUAUUUGAGAGGUUGAAGACUGGAGACCAGAGUGUCAAGGUUAUAUGGAUGCUCACUAUGUUCCAGUUUUCCUACACGACAGUGUUUGGGGCGUACACAGCCUUUCUGUUUGUCAGAACAGGUCAUUUGAUUGGUCCCUACUUCUGCCAUGCCUUCUGCAAUGAGAUGGGGUUUCCCAACUUCGCGGACGUUUUUACAGGGAGCAAACUCAGGGCAGUCCUCCUGUCUGUGCUGUAUGUGGCAGGACUGGUGCUUUUCCUUGUAUUCCUGUGGCCUGCUACACAAGCCUCUCUCUACAGCAACAGUACCUACAAGUGGACGUAACACAGGGCAGUCUCUACUGUGUAAUCUGAUACAUAGCAGACAAUCUAGCACGUAAUAUGUGAGGUGCCAUUUCAAUGUGACGGGUUCUGGCCUGAACUCUUCUUUUUUCCUACAUAUCUGGGCUUUUUAAAUUUUUUUAUUUUUACAAUAGCUUUGUUAACAUAGAGGACACCGUAAGAAGAUAACAGGCAACUUAACAUUACUAUUCCUGUUUUCAGAAUGUUAUUUUCAAGAAGAGCCAUGUAAAAUGAGAAAAAGAACUGUCAGACUUGUUUCAGGUUGUCUCACCGGUGUACUGUGGGGUACAAUUUUAGAAUCAGUGUUUCAUAGAUAUUAGACAGCUUAUAUUGCACAGACACCAUUAGGUGUAAUCUUGUAACAGUGUUAAAGUAGAGUAAGUUAAGCAUUCCUUUGUUCACUUAUUUCACUUCAACUCUUUUGCAUGAGCUUGUUUGAGCUCUACGGGAUGACUUGGUAUCAUUACCCACUUUGUACAAUAGAGGAAAGAAAGGACUGUAUAUUUUCACUUGAUCCCACAAACAGCAGAGUAUUACAGUUGUAUAUUGUACAGAGGAGAGAGAGAGAGAAAAAAAAUAGAACUAUAGUUUGUAAUUGAUAGUAAAUUAUGUAAUUGUUAUAGAUAGCUGUGAAUAUAUACAGCAUAUACAAUGUAUGUGAGGCAUGUAUAGUGUCAUGUAUUGCUGUGCUGUAUGGCUUUGAGUAGCCUUUGUUGCACAAUUUCUCGCUGCCAGGGGGCUAAUGGACCCCUCCCCAUUAUCUAGAAAUGUAACAUAUCACAUUUUCUUUUAAGGAUGGACAAGGUCUCUUCAAACUAUGAAUGUUUAUACACCUGUAAACCCUUAAUGCAGAAUGGUUCAAGCUUUGUUACAAGUAACAGUUUAAAUCAAUACCACCAUAAACAUUUUCCUUUGCUAUAAUAAUCUCAGAUGUGUGUGAAAUAUAAUUGAAUGGUGUCAUCUGGCCUCUGGAGCUGGAUGCACUUGUAGCCUAUCCUUAGCUCAGGAAUCAGUGUUUAGCUAUUAUGGAUCAAGAAUGGAUAGAAGUAUUUAUCUAAAGACAUGUUUGUAAAGAGAACAAAAAUCUAUCACAUUUCAACACCUGUACAAACUACUGUCAGUGUAGAGCAGGGUAAGACAUUGGUUAAACGUACAUACAUGUAAGAUAGAAAUACAUGUACAUUGUGCAGCUUUGAAUAUUCUUGUUAUGACACACUUUUUACACUUUUCAAGUUGAAUUAGGAAUUAGACACAGUAUGUUCAACACACAUGGGCAGUGACUGAUGUUAGCCCAAAGUAGUGUUGGCCCAAAGUAGUGAACAAGAUCAAGUGAACAGAACAAUAAAUCAAAAGUUGUUGUAGUGUA